AUGGAAAACAUCACCUUACAGAACAUUGAGGAUUGUGAAGCCACAAACAAGAACCUGUACAAGUUCUAUGCGGCUGUCAUGAUUAUCAUUUUCAUCCUGGCUCUGCCUCUGAAUGCCUCCGUCCUCCACCUCUUCAUUUUCAAGCUGAAGUUCUGGAAAUCCAACAGCAACAACAUCUUCCUCUUCAACCUGGUGCUGGCUGACAUCCUGCUGCUCUUCUGUUUGCCCAUCAAGGCGUACAACUUCAUCCACGGGGAGCGGAGGAGCACCAACGACGUGGUGUGCAAAGCCAUGCUCUUCAUGUUGUUUCUGAACCGAGGGGCCAGCAUCGCCUUCCUCACCGUGACCUCCAUCGAUCGAUACUUCAACGUCGUGCAUCCCGGCCGGAAGAACCUGCUGCGCGCCCUGAAGAAGUCUCCUCAGAUCUCGAUCUUCAUCUGGGUGCUGCUGCUGCCGCUCACCAUCCCCACCAUGCUGGAGACCUUCGAGUGCUGCAACAGCCACAGCCAACAGAGAGAGGACACUCUGAUCAAGAGCGUGGUGGACAGUUUGAGGGAGGUGGUCUUCUUCACUCAGAUCGUCAUCCCCUUCGUCAUCCUGGUCUACUGCACGGCGAGGAUCGUCAACCGGCUCCGGAAGAAGACCGUGGGCGACACCACCAAGCUGCGGAGGGCCGUCUUCCUGGUGUCCUCUGUCAUGGUGGUCUUCUCCGUCUGCUUCCUGCCCUGCACCAUCGCCAGGAUGCUGCUGCUCAUCGUCCGGGUCAGAGACAAGAGCGACAAGCUGCAGGACGGCGCCGCCGUGGCGUUCGACGGCCUCAUGGUCCUCUCCUACAUGGACUGUCUCCUGGAUCCGCUGGUCUACUGCUUCUGCAGCACCAAGUUCAAAGGUCUUUAUCUCUCCAACUAUUUCCCCUUCCUGGUGAAAGGAGAUCCGCUGCCGAUAGAAAGCUCGACAGGAAACACGCCAAAGCCGCAACGCAGUAACGUGAUUUGA